AUGGCGUCGCCCUUCAGCGGGGCACUGCAGCUGACGGACCUGGACGAUUUCAUUGGGCCGUCUCAGGAUUGCAUAAAGCCUAUGAAAGUUGAAAAGAAACUUGGAAAAGGCACAGCCAAAAUUCAAAUUGAAGAUGAUGGGACUUAUUUCCAAGUGAAUCAAGAUGGAGGCUCUCACAAGCUUGAAAAAGCUAAAAUCUCUCUGAAUGACUGCUUAGCCUGCAGUGGUUGCAUUACCUCAGCUGAAAGUGUCUUAAUCACCCAGCAGAGCCAUGAAGAGCUGGACAAGGUUUUAAAUUUUAACAAAACUGCAGAACCAAGCCAACAAAAGCUUGUUGUCAUUUCUGUUUCACCACAGUCGAGAGCAUCAUUAGCAGCAAAAUUUCAACUGACUCUUCUAGAUACCGCCAAGAAAUUAACUGCAUUCUUUAAAAAUAGAGGAGUGCACUAUGUGUUUGACACUACUUUCUCAAGAAAUUUCAGCCUCUUGGAAAGCCAACGAGAGUUUAUACAGCGAUUUCGAAGACACACAGAAUCCAAACAAGCCUUGCCCAUGUUGGCCUCUGCCUGCCCAGGUUGGAUAUGUUAUGCUGAGAAAACCCAUGGAAGUUUUAUUAUUCCUUACAUUAGUACAGCUAAAUCUCCCCAACAGGUCAUGGGCAGCCUGAUCAAGGAUCAUUUUGCACAACAACAGCAUUUAACCCCUGACAAGAUCUACCAUGUAACUGUGAUGCCCUGCUAUGACAAAAAGUUAGAAGCAUCAAGACCAGACUUUUUCAAUCAACAGUACCAAACUAGAGAUGUAGACUGUGUGAUUACCACAGGGGAAAUAUUAAGGCUGCUGGAACAAGAAGGAGUCUCUUUGUCAGAUGUGGAUCCAGCCCCUUUGGAUGCUGAGUUUAGCAGUGUUUCUGGAGGGGAGCUCCUUGGCCACCAUGGAGGAGGUUCUGGUGGUUAUUUAGAGCAUAUAUUUCGACACGCAGCCCAAGAACUCUUUGGAAUGCAAGUGGAUGAAAUCACCUACAAACCCUUAAAAAACAAAGAUUUCCAAGAAGUGACUCUUGAAAAAGAUGGCACUGUUCUGCUUCACUUUGCAUUGGCAUAUGGAUUUAGAAACAUUCAGAACUUAGUGCAGAAACUCAAAAGAGGAAAGUCUCCGUAUCACUACGUAGAAGUCAUGGCCUGCCCAUCAGGCUGUUUAAAUGGCGGUGGUCAGAUCAAAGCAGAAGCUAUAUCCAGUAAGGAUCUUCUCCAGCAAGUUGAAAAACUAUAUGAGAUGGUUAGGAUUGUCGUGCCUGAUUCAAGUUCAGAAAUUAAGGAAUUAUAUGAACAGUGGCUUAAAGGGGAAGACUCUGAAGAAGCUGGGAAAACAUUGCAUACACAAUAUCAUGCUGUAGAGAAGAUGAGCACUGGAUUUAACAUUAAGUGGUAGAGAGGCUAUGUGUCCAGCAUACAGUUUCUGCUGAAUGAGUAAUAACACUGUGAAAAUCAAAGGCUGCUGAAGUUGACUGAGCUUGGCCCCAGCAGAAGAAAUCCUAAUAAAGCCAUCAUUCCCCCUACUUGCUAAGAAAAACAAACUGCCAGGCAUCGCCUCGAUCAAGUAUUGGAGCCAUAUUGAGACUAGGGGGCUGUCAGAUAAAAGUAGAAACCAGGUGAAGGGGGUUUCUAGUUGGAUGGGACAGAAGACAUUUUUACAUGACAUUUUAUCUGCCCUGGAGUUUCAGUAUUCUAGACUCGUGAUGGUGAACCUAUGGCACAUGUGCCAGAGAGGACACACACACCAAUGCAUGCUGUCACACACCAGAGAUCAUUACUAGAAAGCCAGGGGGACUCAGGUGGAGCUGCUCCCCUCACCCUCCCCACAUGCCCGAGUCACCCAUCCCUCUGCCCGGCCUCCAAUGGCAGUGCUUCCCUCCUGUCUGGGGUAAGGGGGUGUGGGGGGGGGUUGUCACAUGCUGCAUUAGGGAAUGGCACAGAUAGCAGCCUGUUGAGUCUGUGAUGGUGAUCCUUCGUGGUGGGAUUGGAGACGAGCUAGGUUGGAGGGGAACAGAGUGCUCAGGCCGCUCUCCUCUCCACACACACACCUCUCAUUACCUGCCCCUCUGCCCAGCAGCCCAGUGGGAGCACUUCCUCCCUCCCUUGCUGGGGAAGGAAGGGGGCAGCACAGCACUCCGUCUCUAAAAAGUUCACCAUCACUGCUCUAGACUUUCCCCAACAACUAUUCAGUCUAGUCUUCAUAUAAGUGAUUUUGUAAACACUUCCAUGUAUUAUGUGACUCGGGUGUCUGUCACCAGGAUCUAAAGUGAUUCUGUAAACACUUCCAUGUAUUAUGUGACUCGGGUGUCUGUCACCAGGAUCUAAGAGACCAAGGUAGUUUCCUCGAUCUCCUUGGGUGUUUGUCUCUUUAUUUUUGCACAAGUGUUCUGAGAUUUUCUAAUGAUUCAAUGGUGCUAGCAUCAUUUUUAAAAAAUAAUUACUGACUGACCCCCCAGAUCUUAAUGUAAAUCAAAAUGUGAAUCAUAAGUCAUUUCCUGAUAUCUAUGAAUCAGGAGAAAUGAAAGUACCAGAAACAACUGAGGUGGUCUUGACAAGAAUCUAGCCCUAAUUCCUUGGUGUCUUCAGUCAUGUUGUAGAAUAUUGGAUUAAAGUCAUUCUGUUGGUCAAAUGAUAAAACUGAAAACCACCUGGUAUGAGAACAAAUGGCAUAUUCAGGUACUUAGGUUCAACGUGUCAAGCAUCUAACCAACUCAGAUGCCUUAAGAAUUCAUCUGUGUGCUGCUGUCUCAGGUAAAACAUAGUAUUUAUUUUUUACAAUCUACAGUGACAUAUAGUCAUUAGAAUCUUUUUUCCUCAUAUGUAAUUAUGUUCUAAAAUCUGCAUAUUGACUUAAUGAACAUUAAAAAUCGGCCCCCAGCUUUUUUUCCA